CCUCCGCGCCCCGCCGCAUCCCAGUCCCGAAUUUACGAUCACGAAAGUUCGACCGCCCGCGGAUUGGCUCCCGGGCCGCGUGACGUCAUAGCGCUUGAUCCCUGCUCCAGGCCGGGAUUGGCUGGCCGCGCCACUGUGACGUCACGGUCAGCCCACGCUCCGGCUGUGGACAGCGGCGCCUUCCUCUUCCCCGCGGCAGGCGCUCCUCCCGCCUCCCCAUCCUCCUCCGCUGGAGCUGGCCGCGGGCACCCGCCGCCGCGCUGCCCUCGGAGCCGCUGCUGCCUCGGAGGAGGUUUUAAGAUGGAGCAUUUCGAUGCAUCGCUCAGUUCCUACUUCAGGGCGUGGCUGGGCCCCCGAGAUACCAGAGUGAAAGGAUGGUUUCUUCUAGACAAUUACAUACCUACAUUGGUUUGCUCUAUCAUUUAUUUACUAAUUGUAUGGCUGGGACCAAAAUACAUGAAGAAUAAACAGCCGUUCUCUUGCCGGGGAAUUUUAGUGGUGUAUAACCUCGGGCUCACUUUGCUGUCUCUCUAUAUGUUCGUCGAGCUGGUGGCAGGAGUAUGGGAAGGCAGAUACAACUUCUUCUGCCAGGGCACGCGCAGCGCCGGGGACUCGGAUAUGAAGAUUAUCCAUGUCCUCUGGUGGUACUACUUCUCCAAGCUCAUCGAAUUCAUGGACACCUUCUUCUUCAUCUUGCGCAAGAACAACUACCAGAUCACCGUCCUCCAUGUCUACCACCACGCCUCCAUGUUCAACAUCUGGUGGUUCGUGAUGAACUGGGUCCCCUGCGGCCACUCUUACUUUGGUGCCACGCUUAACAGCUUCAUCCACGUCCUCAUGUACUCGUACUAUGGCCUGUCGUCCGUCCCGUCCAUGCGCCCGUACCUCUGGUGGAAGAAGUACAUCACUCAGGGGCAGCUGGUCCAGUUCGUGCUGACAAUCGUCCAGACCACCUGCGGGGUCAUCUGGCCGUGCUCGUUCCCGCUGGGCUGGCUGUACUUCCAGAUUGGCUACAUGGUCUCCCUCAUCGUUCUCUUCACGAACUUCUACAACGAGACUUACAACAAGAAGGGGGCCUCCCGGUGGAAAGGCCAGCCGAAGGACCACCAGAACGGCUCCGUGGCCGCCGUGAACGGGCACGCCAACAGCUGCUCCCUGGAGAACAGCGUGAAGCCCAGGAAGCAGCGGAAGGACUGAGCGGCGCCGUCGGACCCUCCACGCGCCCUGUGACCGCAAGCACAGCGCGCUGUGCCCGACGCUCGCCAGCUGCUGCUGUGCUAGUCCGGCCUGCAAUAGUGUGAUUCGUGUAGGGCUCCUUCAUCUGUCCAACCCCUCGGGUACGUACGCCCGUCACCCACGUAGGCUAAGAUCUCACAUUUCUGGGCUCUCACCGACCCCCGCGCUAGACCGUGGAAAGGGAGUAUUGUAGUAUACGACACUGCUGUUGCCUUAUUAGUUAUAACAUGAUAGGUGCUGAAUUGUGAUUCACAAUUUUAAAACACUGUAAUCCAAACUUUUUUUUUUAACUGUAGAUCAUGCAUGUGAUUGUAAAUGUAAAUUUGUACAAUGUUGUUACAGUAGAGAAACACACAUGCCUUAAAAUUUAAAAAGCAGGGCCCAAAGCUUAUUAGUUUAAAUUAGGACAUGUUUCAAGUUUGUAUUCAUUUGUAAUAGCUCUGUUUAGAAAAAUCAAAGACGGAGAUUUAUUGGGGCUGGGGAUUUAGCUCAGUGGCACAGCGCCUGCCCCGCAAGCGCAAGGUCGUGAGUUCGAUUCCCGGUACUGGAAAAAAAAAAAAAAAACGGAGAUUUAUGAAAUUAGUGUGUGACACAUAACUUCAAGAGACUUGUCGAUGUGAAGUCAGAAACGGCACCUUCAGUUUUGUAAUAUUGGCUUCAGUCAAGCAGGCUCAGACCUAGUGGGGCAGUCAGUUUAACUUUUUAACAGAUCUUAUUUUUUUAUUUUGAGUGCCAUGAUUAAUAGUGUAAAAGGGGGGGCUCUAAAACGGUCUUGAUGAAACUUAAAUAUAUAUUCUUGUCCUCAAGAUUUUAGAAAGAGUGUAGAUAAAUAGGCCAUUUUUAAUUUCUGAAGUGCUAAGUGUUUUUAUACAGGAAACAAGUCCAUUUUCCUUUUCACCAGUGUGAGAGAAAAUGUAUCCUUUUAAAGAGAGAUGAAAAGGUUUUUAAAAACUAAAGAGAGAUGAGUACAUAUUUACCAUUUGACUAGAGUCCUGUACCCUAGCCGUGGAGAGCCACCGGCUAAGGGCCCACGUCUGAAUUAGUUCCUGUACUGCUAUCUGUUUUGACAUAAACUUCCUUCUAAAUGUGCCUAGUUUAUUAAAAUUUAAUAAAGGGGGGAAAAGAACCUUAAAAAUUUAAGGUAAAAUUAAACAGGUAACUAUAGCAUAAGAGAACUUGGAAAUUGGAUAGUGAUAGAGAACUUGUGUAAUGGAAAUCUAAUAGUACCUGUAAUUAUUUUCUGCUUAGAACUAAAGAUUUGUUGAAAACAGCUUGUUUAAAAAUAAUAGAUUGCUUAUCACAAAAUCAUGUCUCACACUCAAGGCAAGUGGUCAGAUAAGUAAGGACUAUUACGUGUGUCAUUUUAUUCAAGUGUUGAAGUUUAGCCUCUUAAUACCUUCUCCCUUGGGAAACAGAAUUCCCUGAACCACUCAUGACAUCUAAGAAGAUCAUUGACAGUGUAUAAACUGAUUGUGGCUUUGAUAUUUAUGUAAAUACCCGUUUACCAUGCUUUAAUUUUGCACAUUCGUAUUAAAGAGAACCAGUCGGGUCUCUUACUAGUCUUGUGGGUUUUCUGUUUGGAAGGAGUCUCAGCAUCUGUUUACAUGGACCUCACAACUCUGACUGUGUGUAGUGUGCGUCUCUAUCCCUGGGUACUAGUUUGCAGAUGUCUUUACCUAUUUCCAUACAGAAAUGAUAACAUUCAGUAGUGUGCCGUCAGAGUGUGCUUAGCUCAUGUGGAUAUACCUAUACUGUUAAAUGAUGUCUAAACAUUAAUCAUUAAAACAUUUUUGAUUAUCAGC